GGUAAGAAGAGUAAUGGAUUGAUAUUAGAAAGAAACUUGAAGAGAAGGAUGAGGGAAGUGAAAGGAAGGAGUAACAGGUUGCUGCCAUCACUAGUGUGCUUCUUCAAGCUAGCUGAUGAUGUGGACUGUUUCCUAAUGGCUAUUGGUUGUGUGGGGGCCAUCUUCAAUGGCCUUUCACAGACUACCUUGAACAUUCUAUUCGCUCUGGUUUUCAACGAUAUUGGCACCUAUCCUUCCCCAGAUUUCAUGCACAGAAUAAAAAAUAAUGCCCUCCGAUUCCUCUACCUGGGAGCAGCUUCUUUUGUUGCAGCAUUCCUUGAGGGGUAUUGUUGUACGAUGACGGCGGAGCGCCAGGCGGCGAGAAUGCGUGCACGGUAUUUGAAGGCGGUGAUGAGACAAGAUGUGGGCUAUUUCAAUGCCGAAACGGCCACUGCGGAGAUCGUCAACGUGAUCUCCAACGACUCCCUUGUCAUCCAAGAUGUUCUUGGUGAAAAGGCGCCAAAUUUUAUAAUGAAUUGUUCGACGUUCUUGGGGAACUACAUAGUUGCAUUCGUUCUGUUGUGGCGGCUGGCAGUGGCGGCAACCCCGAGUUUGUUAUUGCUGAUUGUUCCUGGCCUGAUUUAUGGACGGGCUUUACUACGUUUGUCUCGAAAGAUUCAAGUGGAGUAUGACAAGGCCGGUGCAAUUGUAGAGCAGGCUCUUUCGGCCAUUCGAACGGUUUAUUCCUCCACGGCAGAGCUCUAUGUAAUUUCAGCUUUCUCAACCGCACUCGAUCGCACAGUCCAGCUCGGCCUCCGUCAAGACUUUAUCAAAGGCCUUGCAGUAGGCAGCAAUAAUGUCUGCUUCGCGGUCUUUGCCUUCCUUUACUGGUAUGGUGGACGCUUGGUCGAAAAUCAUGGCGCUAAAGGUGGCACCGUUGUUAGUGUUGCCGUGUGCCUUGUGCAUGGUGGCCAAACACUUGGCAUAUGCCUUUCAAAUGUUAAGUACUUAGUGGAGGCAAUUAAUGCAAUGGAGAAGAUCUCAGAGGUGAUAGAACGAAGACCUAUGAUCGACAUGGAGAAUAAUAUGGGAGAUGAGAUAGAGGAAUUGAAGGGGGAGGUGGAAUUCAGGGAGGUGGGAUUCUCAUAUCCAAUGAGGCCUGCAACAAAUGUUUUUGAGGGGUUCAAUUUGAGAGUGGAGGCUGGUAAGAAGAUAGCAUUGGUGGGAGAGAGCGGGUCAGGAAAAUCGACGACAAUAUCGCUGCUACAGAGAUUUUAUGAUCCAACUGCAGGUGAGAUAUUACUCGACGGAGUGAACAUAAAGAAGCUGAGGUUGAAUUGGCUCAGGGCACAGAUGGGGCUCGUGAGCCAGGAACCAGUGCUCUUUGCAACUUCCAUAAAGGAGAACAUCUUGUUUGGCAAAAAAGGUGCGACGAUGGAGGAGGUUGUCGCAGUUGCCAAAGCUGCAAAUGCAGAUGAAUUCAUCUCCCUGCUGCCAUCGGGAUAUGACACACUGGUAGGUGAGAGAGGGAUUCAACUAUCUGGUGGGGAAAAGCAGCGGAUUGCCAUUGCACGAGCACUCAUCCGAUCCCCAAAGAUACUUCUACUAGAUGAGGCUACCAGUGCAUUAGACACCAUGUCUGAGCUCGCCAUUCAAGAAGCUCUUGAUGUUGCUACUAUUGAUCGCACCACAAUUAUCAUCGCUCAUCGCCUCUCCACAAUUCGUAAUUCUGACACCAUCUACGUCAUCCAAUCGGGUCAAGUCAUCGAAUCCGGCUCUCAUAAUCAUCUCAUAAACAUCACUAAUGGUCACUACUCUUAUUUUCUUCACCUUCAAGAAUUGCAAAAAUGUGCAAAGUCCAUGGGAGUCAAUGAAGCUAACUCCACCACCAGUUUUUCUUACUCCCAUAGAAGCCAUAACUUUAGUCGCUCAACAAUCUUUCAAGGUAAUUGUGCUGGCGAUAAAAUGGAAAACAUGAAGGGCGCAAAAAUACGUGCACCAUCAUUCUGGUUUCUAUUACUCAUGAACACACCGGAAUGGCGCCAUAUGUUAUUAGGGGUUGUGUGUGCUGCGUUCGAUGGACUACCCUACAUAGUAAAUUCAUAUUCCAUGAGUAGCAUACUAACAAUUUAUCUUGAUAAGGAUAAGUCAGAUAUUACCGCAAAGAUAAGAAUUUAUUGCCUAAUCCUAUUGGUAAUAUCAGUGUUGGCCUUUGUUGUUUAUGUUCUCAAGGAUUAUAGUUUUUCCAUCAUGGGUCAAUAUUUAACAAAGAGAAUUAGGGAGGCUAUGCUUUCUAAGUUGUUAAUGCUUGAAGUGGGGUGGUUUGAUCAAGAAGAGAACUCUACUGGGGACCUCUGUUCAAAGAUAUUCAAAGACGCUCGUGUGAUACAAUCACUGGUUGGAGAUCGCUUGUCUCUUAUGAUACAGACAUUAUCCACAAUAAUGAUCGCCUAUACAAUAGGGCUUGUAAUCUCAUGGAAACUUGCCUUAGUUAUAAUCUCCAUGCAGCCGAUUGUCAUUGCAUGCUACUACACAAAAAGUGUUCUUUUAAAGGAAUUAUCACGCAAAAGAUUGAGCGCUCAAUCAAAUAGCAACAGAUUAGCUAUGGAAGCUAUUCAAAAUAUUCGCACUAUCACUAGCUUUUCUUCGCAAGACCACAUCCUUCGUCUCUUUAUUCUCGCACUGGAUGGCCCGCGCCAACAAGGCAUUCAACACUCUUGGUUUGCUGGCACUCUUCUUGGCUUCUCGCAAGUUAUUGGUAAUUGUUCGUGGGCCAUUUCCUUUUGGGACAGUGGCAUCCUGCUCUCCAAGGGCUCCAUUACCACCAAAGCCUUAUUGCAAACCUUGGCGAUCCUCUGCAAAACUUCACGUACGAUAGCUGACGCAGGUGCUAUGACAACGGACCUCACUAAUGGCAUCAGCUCAGCUGCAGUUGUAUUAUCAAUUCUUGAACGAGACACACAAAUUGAUCCUGAUUGUCAUGAGGGUCACAAGGCUGACUCCAUCAAAGGUGUAAUUGAAUUUCGUAACAUCUUUUUUUCCUAUCCAUCUCGCCCUGAAGUGUUGGCCCUUAAACACUUCUCCAUAUCAUUUGAGGAGGGCCAAUCCACUGCACUCGUGGGCCCCAGUGGCUCCGGCAAAUCCACUAUCAUCGGUCUUAUUCAGCGAUUCUACGACCCAUUGGACGGAGAGGUGUGUAUCGAUGGUCGAAACAUUCAAGCCUUUCAUUUGCGAUCAUUGAGAAGGCAUAUUGCAUUGGUGGGGCAAGAACCAACUUUGUUCAUUGGUACAAUAAAGGAAAAUAUUUUGUAUGGAGUAGAGGAUGCAAGUGAUGCGGAGGUGGAGGCAGCAGCGCGAAUAGCUAAUGCGCAUGACUUCAUAUGUGGGCUAAAAGAUGGGUACAAUACAAAUUGUGGGGAGAAAGGGCUGCAAUUAUCUGGCGGGCAGAAGCAACGGGUUGCAAUUGCAAGAGCAAUACUAAGAAAUCCAAGUAUCUUGCUCUUGGAUGAAGCAACAAGUGCGUUGGAUGGAGAAGCAGAGAAGCUUGUACAGGAGGCCUUGGAGAGGGUGAUGAGAGGAAAAACCACGGUUGUGGUGGCACAUAGGCUCGGCACCAUCAAGAAUUGUGACUUAAUUGUUGUACUCGAAAAUGGCCUUUUAGUUGAGAAAGGAGAUCAUGCAUCACUAAUGGAAAUGAAUGGAAAGUAUUUUGGAUUGGUCAACUUGCAGCUUCGCCAAGACAAGUAAUUUAAUAUAAACAAUAUUUUAUAGAUCAAUAUGCUAAACAUAUUUUUUAAUGGUAUGUUAUAGAAACACACACAAUGCACAAAAAAGGAUGAUAAUUAAAA